AUGAAAAAGUAGAUUCAAUUACAGCCAAACUCUCAAGGCUUUAGCUUUCAAAGAUCAGGGCUCAUUAGGCCCUUCAUAGCCGAAUAAGCAUGUAAAGCAAGAGUUUCAAAUGUAGCAAAAUCUUAACUAGCAGAAAAACAUGAUGAAUUUGAACAAUUAUUGACUUGUACCAAACAAGCAACAAUAAUAAAGCCAGUCUCCCAUAAUCCAGACUUCAAAAUUCAACUAAGUUCUAUUUCAGAACUAGGAACUUAACACAAGCAAGCUGAAUUUCUAGCCAGCACCUUGUCAGCAGUAAAGUUAAUAGCAACAGUAAUAUAGCAUUAGCGCUAAGACACAUCGCCAGUUCAUAUUCAUUAUCAUAAUCACAACCAUAUUAAAGUGGUAAAUAAAAGUCCCCAAAAUAUCGUUAAGAAGCCGUCUCAAAGAAACAGCAGUAACGCAGAUAAGCACUAGCCAGAGACAGUGCGCAAGAAGUCUGUUAAUGAUCGUCCACAGACUAGUCAUCAGCAUCUAAACCAUAAGAAGUUAUCUGUAGCAAUAAACAAAAUAAACUAGUUUUAGCAGUAACCACAACAGAUAAAUUCUUCUUCAUAAAGAGGCGCCAACAAGGAUACUCUCAACAGCUUAACUAAUCAAAAAUAAAAUAUAGAAAUCGCAUUUGCAUAGUAGUUACAGCAAAAGCUCUAUCAUCAUAAUCAGCAGCAAUAGUAGAACAGUAUCGUAUUAGAAGAUUCUAUAGAUGCCUCAACAGAAAUCAAUAAAAGAAAUAAAUCAUAAAUUAGAGAGUAGAAGUCUGACAGCAUCUCAAAACAGAAAAUUCUGAAUACUCUGACCAAGUAUGUUAAGCUAAAGAAAAAUACUGAUCUCAACACACCAAUAUCAGAUGAUAUUCUUGAAAAUCUUAAAGAAUAGAGGGAUUAGGCUUCUCUCAACAAUUUACUAGCUGACAUUGUUAAUCUAGAUUUGUCUAAAUUCAGUCAGUCUAGAUAAGCUAGACUUGAAAGUGAAGGGUCUUAAAAUAGAAGUGGAUCAGAAAAGCCAACUGGAAAAUUGAGCUAAUCGAGAGGAUCACUUAGCAGCAACAAGACCUCGAGACGACAAGGAACUCCUGUUGGGAAUUAGCAUCAUCACGGAAACUCCAAUCCAACAGAUUCCACAUUGAGUUCAUCAAUUUCAAAUUUCAGUAAUUUUAACAAAAGAAGAGGUUCAGUUAUGAAUGCUAGUGAUGAAAAAUCACCAGCUACCUUUGCAAAAGUAAGAACCAAUAGCCAGUAGAAUCCUUAGGAAUUCUAAAAUCCACCAAUUGCCACUAUAAAUCUCAACAUAAAUGGAAAAGUCAACAAUAUUAACAUCUCACCAAUUAACUAUAUAAACAAUAACAACUUUAUUACUCCAUAAGUAUAAUCUACAGUGGCAGGAAAUUAAAAGCCAAUUUUACUCAGUGAUCAAGAAAAUUAAAAGAUUAAGAAUAUAUAUUUGAACCCAUAAAAUGUUGGAGGCAGAAGAGGGUCUGAUGGCUAGAUUAUACAGCGUCAUUCAAAACUAUAAGAAUCGUAGAACCAAGAUAAUAAAAUGAGUGAAAUCGAUUAAUAACAAGUAAAUAUGGGUUAGAGAAGAGUUGGAAGUGCAGAAUAAAAAAGGGAAAGUUCUAACAUGAGAAAUGUGAAAAACACUGGAGUGCAGAAUCCGUAAAAAUCAUAAAUUUAAGGGCAAGAAUUCACGCUGGCUUCUGAUCCUAACAAUCAAGACAGUUGCUAGUUUUAGUUUAACGGAGAUCUUGUUAAAGAAAGAGACAAAAUUGUUAGGUAUAACAAAGCCUAUAUCAAGAAAAAUAAGGCCAUUCCAAAAACAACUCUAGAAUUUUAUAAGUGUGUAAAAUUAAUAGGCAAAGGAGCCUUUGGUAGAGUGACACUUGGAGUUCACAAGCUAACUGGUAAGCAAGUAGCCAUUAAGGCAAUAGAUAAGAGCUAUAUGAAAGAUGACUUUUCAAAAAAGAAAGUGUUCUAAGAAGUCUAUAUUCUUAAGAAAAUAAGACAUUCUAACAUUAUCAGACUUUUAGAAGUCUUUGAGAGUGAGAAGUAUUUCCUCAUGGUGAUGGAAUACGCGGGAGGUGGUGAUUUACUUUAGUAUGUGAAGCAAAGAAAGAGGCUAGAAGAACAGAGUGUACUACAUAGAGACAUUAAACUCGAUAAUAUACUUAUGGAUAAUGAAAACACAAUAAAAUUAUGCGAUUUUGGUGUGAGUAGACUUAUUCAAAAAGGUAUGGUAAUCUAAGAGUAAUGUGGGACUCCUGCUUAUCUGGCGCCAGAAAUAAUUGCAGAUGAAGGAUAUGAAGGAUUCUAUGUAGAUAUUUGGUCACUCGGAGUUCUUCUUUUUGCAAUGCUUCAAGGAACUGUUCCAUUUAAAGCUCAGAGUCUGCCUGAUUUGCAUUCACUAAUUCUUCAGGGUAACUUUCAGUAUCCUGUAAAGAUUACUGAUGAAGCACGAGAUCUAAUUGAAAAAAUGUUAUAGCUAGUCCCUAGCGAAAGAAUUCCUAUACCUGAAAUCCUUGCUCAUCCUUGGCUAAAAGGAGCUUUAGAUCCUGAUGGUAUCGAAGGUACGGAAGAUGAUGAUGAUCAUGAUUUCUAGAUGGGAUUGAGCUUCUAAAGACAAGAGUGCAACCUUAACCCAAUUAUAAACUCCUAAGGAUCUAUUAAUAGUGAGCAUGGACCUAUCGAGUAGGCAGGUAACAUCAACGCAAUCAAUAUUGAUAACCUGUAUUAUGACGGAGAUAUUAGUUGUCGUUUAUCCUACACUAAUUAUUGCGCUGUGACGUAGGAUUACUACACUCAUCGCAUUGAUGAAGAAGCCAUAAAAGUCCUUGAGAAUUUCGGCUAUACCAGAUCUCUUGUAAUUUAAAGCCUCAACAAGGGAGAGCUAAACCAUGCCACCGCCUCCUAUAAUUUAUUAGUUCUUCCUUGA